AUGGGAAGAUUUUGGUGUACCACUUACAGAGCGGAUUGGAACAGUACAACAGAUGAACCAAAACCUUGGUUGGUCUACGAUCCAUGUGAUAUGGAGCUUUUCAAUGUGAUCACAUUUGGAUUUGCUCUAUACUCAAAUAUGUUGAUAUUUAUCUACAUUAAAUGCAUUUCGACGAGGUAACGUAUUUUAUUUACAAAACUAGAUAAUAUAAAACUAAGUAAUAAAAUAACUUAAUAAAUAAAGUAUUGCGCCAUUAAUAAUAAACUAACAUGAAACAUUAUUACGAGAAUAGGUACCCGUGAACUAUGUAUUACUAAAAUCAAUAUUUUUAUAAAAUAUAUUUUUAAAUUUUUCUCAGGUUACGAACAAUAUUAAUAUAUUCUGAGAAUCACUUAUAUUUCUGGAUAACUACACAAAUAUAGUGUAUUCCCAUAACAUUAAUAACUACGUCAUUAAUAACUUGGCGAAAUUUCGAUGGGUUCCGAUGAACCCAGGUCCUUGACGCUAAACUUUUGUAUGCGUCACGGCCGUAUCGUUGACUUUUUUGAAGAGCCAUUUGAUUUACACGCGUUAUAUUAUUAUAGAUCAUUGAUUAUACCGAGUGUUCCUAAACCCUAACGCGCACAUCCUGCUUGACAAAAUUUUACAACGAGCAUUUUUAUCAGACUGAAAAGAACGCGUAUGAAAAUAAUAUUCACGAUAUUAAAGUUGAAAUCUCGACUUAAUUGCGUUUGAGAGGCGACUAAUUGCCAUCGAAAAAGAAAUAUUCGAAACCAUAUAAUUCGCAGUGCUUCAGUGUUGUAUAUAAUAAAUAUUAAGAUUUUUGGUCGUGCGUUUAUGUGCACGCUGUAUAAUCUUGAUCUCCACUAGUGUAUUAUAGUGUAUAAUGUGUCGCAUCGAUAUUAUUGUGUAAUCGAAUUUCAUGAAAAGCUCCUAAAUAUUUUGUAAUGAUAUUAAUGGUUUAUAACUAAUAAGUUGGCGAUACAAACAAUAAUUAACGAACAUCGUUGUCGACUUUAGCGGUUAAAUUGCUACAGGUAUUAUCAAAUAUAAAGUAAUCAAAGCAUAUAAAUUAUUUAUAAAAUCCAUCAGACCACUCGAAACACGUUUUUAAAAUAUGGUGAAUAAUAAUGUCUAUAGAGAUAAUUUCAGAAGCAGGGCCGGUGAUGCGAUUUCGGAGGCCCUGGAUAAAUUUAUUUUUAUGAGACUUUUUUUUUUAGUGUACCACUCGUUUCACCUAAUAAUUGUAAUAAUACCCAAGGCUAUGGCCGGAAAUACUGUUUAAUGAAAUAACGCGAAUGUACGUGUUUUUUCAAAAAACAUUGUUAGAUUUCUAAAAAAAUUAUUUUUCCAGAUUUACGCCCAUUAUAAUAUUAUGCUACCCUUUUUCUGGGUUUACAAACACGGGGCCUCUGAAAGCGGAAAGCCCUGGACGUAAGCCCCACUUACCCUACCCUAACGCCAACUCUGGUCAAAAGGCCUGUACGGUGCUAUCAUAAAGAUGUAACCCAGGAUUUCCGAUUGAAAAAGAAACAACGCUGAUGCUACUACCAGUGUCAUCCUAGAUGAAUUUAUUAGAAACAUGCGUUAUACAGAAGGUCCCACUGAGAUCUAAUAAAUACAAUAAUUUUUGUUAUGGUCAAUAUUUUAACAUACAUUAUAGUAAAAUCAAUAAAUCCUUAGCUACGCUUCGAAUCUAAAAUUAUAUAUUUUGAAAUAAAAUGUUAGUGUUAAAAAUAUUUAAUAAUAAUGAAUCGUUAAGUUUUUUAAGUUUCUACAACUUUUUGAAGUUUACUAUAAUUUAAAUUGUAUUCAUUGCUAAUACUAAAUAAUAUCAAUCAAUGUGCCAAUUUGUCCAUGAAAAAUAAUUUCACUCAUGAUUUUUAUAAGCUUCAAACAUUUUCAGAAACUUACGAUUCGUUCACCAAUAUUUAUAACACCAAUAUUUUAUUUCAAAAUAAAUUUGUAAUAUAAUUGGAUUUUGUAAAAACAUUUUUUUUAAAAAUUUUUUUAACAAUUUACGUUUUUAUUUUUAGUUUUAUAAAAAAUAUAAAAAUAAAAUAAAAAUAGAGGAACCUUAGGGCAAGGCUUUAAUAAUUAUUAUAUGAACUAUAGAACCGUGGUAGGCAAUAGGUGGUUCAUGGGUCAAAUCCGGCCCGCGGAGAGUAAUAAACGGACUGUCAAAUUUGUUUUGUAUUUUUAAUAUAAAAAUAAAUAAAUUUAUGUUUUUUUAGAAGCGUUAAAUAAGACGGAACACCGAAUAGGUAAAAAUUAAAUUAUUUUUUAAUUUUUUUUGCUCGACUCCAAAAAUAUACGGCCCCCGAAAAUCAGUUUUCAAACAUUACCCGGCCCCCUUUUAGAAACUAAUCGCCGACCCCUGCUUAUAAUAGAACAUAACAAACAUUAUUGCAUAUUUUAUUACAUCUCCGUGGGACACCUGCUUGUAUUAUACAACACAACUGGCUAGUACUCAAGACUUGCCGUUUUCUCUAUCGUCCGCCUUUUUUUUUUUUUUUUGUACAGGAACCCGUCGCCGAGACGUCUGCUUUUCAACGGCCAUUCUGCCCGGUGUACGGUGAACACGAUCGCGUGCCUUGCCGAGUUCGCGUUGACCGUCGAUUACGCGUUGAGCACGUGCGGCUCGCUAGUGCCGGCCACGGUCGGUCUGCUGGCCCAGCUCAGCUCCGGACUUGUGUGCUACAUGCUGGAGGUGGCCGGCCAGCCCAAGCCGAUGGGCUUCGGCGCAAUCGCGUGGUUGGUGUGCGGCCUGAGCCGGGCGCUCCUGUUCGUAUCGCUCGCCGACGCCGGUUUCGCCGUGCACGAGCAUGUCCGGCUGCCGGCGUUGGCGUUGUCGGCGGCCUGUUGUUACGCGGUCGCGGCACUACACCUGUACGCAAUGGUCGGGCGGGUGAGUAUCUACAACCGUAUACGCCUAUGUAACAACAACAACAUCACGGGAAUAGCUAUAAAUUGGACGUAUGACCGUGAUCGAAUAAACGCCGUUUUCCCUGCCCGCAUUUAUGACCCAUCGACGUGGUUUUCCGUAACAAGUCGCGGGAUACUAAUAUUAUUUUCGUCUGAAGUUGAGCUAGCGAACCGAGCGAGAGGAGGUGGCUGAAUAAUAUUGUUCCGUUAGCGCAACACUCUGAAUUGAUUGGAAUAUACAAUAAUAUAUAAAUAAUAAGGCCGUAUUCGAAUGUUUAGGAAAACGUUUAAAAAUGUUAUCCGGAGAAUAGUGUAAUUUGGAUCUAAACAAAAACAAUUUAUAAAAUAAAAAGAUAAAACGGACUGGUAGCAAUAUUGGGCGUCUAGUGAUCCAAAAUUUUUCUGUGAAUCUUAAAUUCAUUUAGCAUACUGAAUUGGUUUAAUAGGUAUUCUGAAUAUUUUAUAAAUACGGCUAUUGUAAAGUAUUCGAGUACUAAUAGAAUACCUUUAUUUUAUGCAAUUUUUCGUAUAUUUAUUCUAACUAUUUUAAUCUGAGACUAUAUAUAUAUAUAUCUUCUAUACAAUCGUAUUCUCUUGUAGUGUACGAUAAUAAAAAUAAACAUAAAAAUACUCUAAAAUCGUGGAACGUAAAACUUCCGAUAAUUGACGUCUACCAAGCAGCAAAACUUAACAAAUAAUCUAAAAAAUGUGAAAAUUAUCCAAUUCCUAAAAAUAAGUAAAGGUAUUUGCAGUGCAGUCUGCAGUAUAAUAUACUCGUGCGUAUAAAUCACAGCCGGCCACAGAGCCUGGAGAAAUUUUUAUUUUCUAUGCGCAGUUACUGUUCCUGACGAAAUAUAUAUACAUAAACAAAUCAGUGAACGAUUGUCUCUAGAUGAAAACUAAUAAAAAAGAAGGGGUAUUUUAAAAUAUGCACAUCACCAACACGGCCGACAUUAAUUAAUUAGGUAGUUUACACAUCGACUGUUUGUAUGUAGGUGUUAAAUUAUAUACAUUGAAAAUAAAACGAUUGCAUUUUUAAUUAAUAUUUCACCUACGUGCAUAUUAUAAUAAACACAAACUGGAGUUUUGAUAACUCAAUCGACAACCGGUCUUAUGUUUUUGUAGGUUUCUAAAAAAAUUAUAUAUUUUUUAAUUUAAUUUUCAUAUAAAUUAAAUUUCAGUCAAAGAUUAAUAAAACCGAUUUGGAUCUUGAGUUCUUUACCUACAAACACGAUUUAUGCAGCUGGUACUCGAGAAUAACAUUUUAUUGGUUGACUGGAUUUUUGCGAAACUGUUACAAACAUUUAAUUCAACUAGAAGACUUAGGACAGUUACCAAAUCGUGAAAAGUCUACAACACAAUAUGGACGACUUUAUGAUAUAUAUUUUAAACAAAAGGUUUGAUUAUGUGUUCAUCAUAAAUAAAGCAUUUAAUAUUUAAAAUUGUAAAAUAACUUUAAUAUUACCAUCGAAAUAAAUACAUAUUUAUGUAUAGGAAAUGUAUGGUACAUCUACAAAAGUAUCCAUGUGGAAAUGUUAUUGUAAAGCGUAUUGGAAAGAUUUUCUAUUGGGUGGAAUAUUAAAAAUGAUGGGCGACUUCGUAGGCUAUAUUGGUCCUUUGGGAGUAUCAGUUAUAGUUAAUUUUGUUGCGAAAAAACACAAUGUUACAAAUUUAACAAAUGGUGAAAUCGUAAGUACAAGUCUGAAAAUUGACUAUAAUAAUUCUAAAUAUAGAUACCUAUAAGUAUUAAAAGUAUUAAUAUACUUGAUGCGAUAUGUUUUGAACAAUAAUAUCUGGUAACCUUUAUAAUAUUAUAUAAUAAAUAAUUUAGUAUAUUGAAUGCCAUGAAGAUUCAACAUUGCACCAGUGUCAAUUUAUUUUGUAUAGAAUGUUAUAUUUUCAGGACAGGCUAUGUUGUGUUACAUUUUGGGAUUUUUUAAAUAACGGUUACGUGAUGGCUUUUAUUAUGUUAGUAAGUUGUGUUGCUCAAGGAAGUUUUUCACAGGCUAGUACUCAUAUUUUAAACGUCGAGGGCAUACGUCUUAAAUCAGGACUUCAAGUUUAGUUUAAAAGUGACAUUUAUAAGUUUAAACGGACAAAACUAGUAAAUAUUUAUUUACUGUAUAUUUUUAGGCUAUGCUUUAUUGCAAAAUGUUGAAAUUACAACCAACUCAAGUAGAUUCAACCUCAGAGAAUGGACACAUCAUAAAUUUACUGUCAGAGGAUACCACUAAUAUUAUGUCAAGCUUUUGGAUUGGACACUAUAUUUGGGCAAUACCUUUAAAAGUUUGUACCGUUUAAUUGUAUACAAGCAAAAUAAUUGCAUGGCUCAUUGAAUCAAAAUAGGAUAAGAAAUGAAUCAUUAUAUAUUUUUGUAUUUAAUCUAUUUCAGAUAAUCUUUUUAAUAUAUCUAUUGUAUUUGAAACUCGGAUGGAGUGCCGUCCUUGGGUCUACUUGCUGUAUAGUGAUUAUGAUACCUUUACAAUUUAUCAUCGGCAAAAAGAUGUCGAGUAACUCGAAAGAUAUAUCUGUAAAUUAUUUUACAUUAUGAGUACUAUCUGAAUAAAUUGACCUAUAAUAAUUUUAUUUUAUAUUUUUCCGUUAGCAUUUGUCAGAUAAACGCCUUCAAUUAACUAACGAAGUAUUACAGGGAAUUCGAUUAGUAAAAUUAUGUGGAUGGGAAAAUGAGUUUGUAGAUCGUAUUACGGACGCUCGUAAUAAUGAAUUAGAUCUCUUGGAUAAGGACUCGAUUUACUGGGGUUCAAUGAGUAUGUAUAAUCUACAGUAUCUACGAAUAAAUAGAGUAUAAUAGCUAAUAAAAUGAUUUUUUUUUUUAUUCUUUCAGCUUUUUUAACACACGCGUCAUCAGUUCUAGUAUCCCUAUUUUGUUUAGGUCUGUAUUGCUUACAGAAUGGCUCAAAUUUAGACUCCGGUGCUAUAUUUUCUAGCCUCGCGCUGUCCAAUCAGUUGACUGUUCCUUUGUUUAUUUUCCCUAUAACUGUGCCUAUUAUUAUUGCCGCCAUCGUAAGUUAUACUAUUUUUAAAAAAUAAAUGAUAAAUUAUUUUUCAUUGACUUAUCGUAACAAAUAAAUGAUUAUAGGUGAGCACAAAAAGAAUCGAAGAAUUUAUGUCACUUCCAGAAAUUGCAUUGAAUACUAAUCAUACAAAAUUGCAUACAAACAAGAAUAAUAAACGGAAACAACCGGUAAGUAUACUGCUAUACACUCAUAAAAUGUUUUACAAUUAUUUGAUAUUUAUGGUGGUAAAUUGUAGACAAAUGUUUCGUGGACUGAAUCUGAUAUGAAUAUUUCAUCAAAUAAUUUAAUAGAAAAUAUUUCUGAAGAAAAUGAUAACACUAGGCAUGAAACGGAAUCAAAAGUAUGUGUUUCUAUAAAGGAUGCGACAUUUGUUUGGCCUAAUUCAAAGAUUCCGGUACUAGAUAUUGAUAAUUUAAAAAUUGGAGAAGGUAAAUUUUGCUUUUUAUACAGGGUGUCCCGCAAAGAUUUUAUAAAUGCAAUAGUUUUUGUUAUGUUCGAUAUUUAAUAGUUUUUCUUUUUGUAAAAAGAACUAGAGCCUCGCGCUAUGCUUUCUAUACAUUUUUUAAACUAAAAAUCAAACAUUUAAAUAUUUACAAAAUCCAAAAUAGCUAUUUUAUUUAUUUAAAUACUUCGAAAUAAAGUGUCGGUGUUACAAAUGUCUACUUAUAAUGUGUUGUUAAUUUCCAUCCAUUUUUCGAAGUCAAUGAAUUUAAAUCGAUUCACUAAUUUCUUCAAGAAAAAUAAUUAUAUGAAUAAUUUUUGUAAACUUUAAAAAGUUUUAGAAAAAUAAUGACACAUCAUUAAUAAACAUACAGAUACAUUCAUUAACACAUUUUUGGGUAUAGGCACUUUUGAUCGAUAUUUUAUGAUAAAAAAAAAGUUCACGCUACGCCCUAAAUGCAUACAAAUAUUAGACAUUUGUACACUGCAUUCCAAAAUAAAGUUUUUUAUCAUCAUAUUUUUACCAGCCACAUUUUUUUAGUUGUUUUUAGAUAUCAUAUUAACUUUUCUUCAAAUACUAGCCUAAAAAUACAAAUUAUUUAUGCAAUGAAACCAUAAAACUUAAAAUAGGGUUUUUAUAAUUUUGUUACAAUAUUCUCUACAAACUCCCAAUUCAAAUAAUCAAACGUUUCGAUUGACAAUUAAACAUUGAUCAAGCAGAAUCAUCCCAUCAUCAAUCAUAAUUCUGAGCACGGACUAAAGAUAUGAUAUAAAUUUAUGUAUUAUAUAAUUGUCUAUUGUCUAUCUGAUUUGUAAUUAAUAAUAAAUAAAGAUAUCUUUAAUCUUUAUCAUCUAUGAUAAUUGUUAAAUGUAUUAAAUUUAUUAUCUGAAAACAAUUUGUUUACAAAAAAAUAUGUUUUAGCGACGUAUACGCCGUAUACUACCGUAUACCCUCAAAACCGUAUACACAACUGCAGUAAAUAUAUCUAAUGCCAACAUUUUGUUUCAAAAUAAUUAUAUAAAAUAGGUAUCUUGCACUUUUUAAAAUAUUCAGAUUUUUAAUUUUUAGUAUAACAAAUGUACAGAAAUCAUAGCAUACAGCCCAGAGCCCUAGUGUUCAUUAAAAAAUAAUAAAAAUAAUGAACAGAACAAAACUUAUUAUUGCAAUUGUCAGAUCUCCGUGAACACUGUAAUCUGUAAACUAUUAUAAUUAAUAUGUACCACGUACUCAUGAAUGGUAAUCUAGAAAUUAUGUGCUUACUGCUUAUACAUAGGCAAACUUACAAUAAUUACUGGAAAAGUUGGAAGUGGUAAAACAUCCAUAUUACUUGCUUUACUCGGCGAAAUGAAUUGUUUAUUUGGAGAAAUCGAUUUUAAACGAGAAACAACAGUAGCAUAUGUAUCACAAAAAACGUGGCUAUUAAAUGCUUCGGUUUUAGAAAACAUUGUUUUUGGAGAUCAAUAUAAUAAGUCAAGAUUCAAAAGAAUAAUAGAUGCUUGUGCACUGGGUCCUGAUAUUGACAUAUUGCCUGAUAAAGAAAGGACAAUAAUUGGUGAACGAGGAAUAGCGUUAAGCGGUGGUCAACAACAACGAGUUGCAAUAGCUAGAGCUUUAUACUCAAAAGCCAAUAUUAUUUUAAUGGUAAGUGAAUUUAUAGCUUUCUUCAAUGUUAGUAUUAAAAUUUUCUGUUUUUAAUUUGAAUAGGAUAAUCCUUUAUCUGCAUUAGAUAGUGAUGUAAGUCAACAUGUGCUCUUCAAUGGGAUAAAAAAAUGCACUCUGAAUCAAACUAAAACAGUAAUAAUGACUACAAGUUUUGCUAGCGAUCUUUCAUUCGCCGAUACGGUACAUACUUUACUAAUUAUUAAAAUAAACAAUUUUAAUUUAAUAUGUUUUAUGGCAAACGAGCAUUGUGUUUACACAAUGAACAUCUACCAAUAAAAUUAAAAAUCAAAAAUCUAACAAAUGCCAAUUACUACAAAAAUUACAUAAAACUUGCGUUAUUCGUGAAUAUAAUAAUAUUGCUUAACUUCAUUCAAUUAAACAAAAAUAACUGCAACUAAAUUCUAUGUCCUUAGGUAAUACUUAUGGAAGCAGGUAAAAUCGAAUUUUGUGGUAGUUUAGCUGACCUCGAAACGAGGGAUGUUCAAAAUAUGAUGGUAAAAAUGGAAAACCAAGAUCAUGGUCGACGAACAGCUUCAGAACGUUGGAGAUUAUUCAAGUUAGUCAGUAAAAUAGGCCAUCAACUUUAUCGAAAUUGGCCAACGGUUGAAAGCCAAAAAAAGGUAAUAUUCAAAUAUUUAACAAAUUGAGUAAUAAAUAUUAAUUCAAAGUUAUAUAGAUUAGUUAUAUAAAAGAAAAGAAAUAUCAUAGAAUAUCAACUUAAGGUUUUUGUUAUUCUCGGAGAAUUGAUUUUUAAAUAGGUAUGCUGUAAUUAAAGCUGAAUCAUUUUAGUCCCAGCCCACAAAAUAUUAUUGUUACAUAAAAUAAUUAUCUACAGUUUUCCUUGUGUUUUAUCUUAUAUCAUAGUUUAUCUUCCGAUAAACCCAAGACCAGGGCCUAGGUAAUGAAUACAAUCAUACUAAGCCACUGAAUUAUUGGUACUUAAUUAAAUAAUUAAUUAAAUAACAACCUACUGUUCCUAUUUAAUAUUUAGUAUGUAAAAAAACUAUUUUUUUUAAGUUAAAAAAAAAUUUUGGAGCACUAUAUGGAUCUAGAUAUCUAACACAUGAUCUUCUACUUCCAACUGACGAAUGUGGUGAUGGUGAUUCUUGUAUUGAAAGAAAUCAUUGGCCAACCUCUGAUAAAAAAAGAGAAAGAUCAGCAACGAUUGCUGAUAUACAGCUACCGCGUCACAAACCAUUUAUUGACGAGACGCUGGUAAAUCAACCUGCCAUAAGUUUUCAUUCGAGUAUUAAAUAUCGAAACUAUCCACAUGAAAAACAAAGCCAAAAAAGUUUAAGACGUCAUGUUUUAUCAUCAGUAGGGUAAGACAACCACUUACAUAAUAUAUAAAUACAUAUAAAUCUAAAUAACAAUUAAAACUUUAUUUAUUAAAGAAUACCCCACUCUUCCAAUCGACUUCGAAAAAUGUCACAACAUAGCAUCAAAAGACAAUUAAGGUACAUUCAAAAAUUGAACUCAUAAUAGUUUUAAAAUCUAAAUCAUUGCCGUUUGUUUUAGAUCUGAUGAUAAUUUCAGUUUACCAGAAGAAGUUUUGUUGAAAAAGGUUCCUUCAAAUGUAUCAGAUGUUAGUGACGAAUAUUUAUCUUCAGGUAUAAUAUACAUAAUACAAUAACAAUAAUAUGUCAUGUAAUUAAGCUAUCACCAAUUAAAUUUAUGUUUAAAGAUUUAAAAGGUGAACGAGGUCGAUUUGAAGAUGAAUUUAUUUAUAAUUCAGUUUCAUUAAGAACAUAUUUCAAAUAUGUGUCAUGGAGUGGGUGGACCACUUAUAUUUGUUAUCUAAUAUUCACAAUUUCUUGGCAAACAUCAAGAGUUUUCAUUGAUUUCUGGCUAAGUUAUUGGCCCAAUAGAGAUCCUCUUAAUGAAACACAAGUACCUACCUAAAAUUAAUUAACUAGACUAAAUUCCAUAUCAAUAUACUCAAAUAGGGUUUUAUUACUAAUAUAUGGUGAAAUAUUUCAGGCAUAUUGGUACUUGGUCAUAUAUAGUCUUUUAUGUAUGAUUUCUAUAGCUUUAUCAGCAUUAUCAAAUACUUUAGGACAGUAUGGAGCGUUGAAAGCUAGGAAACUUGUUCAUCAGCGAAUGCUUAAUAAUAUAAUUCUAAGCCCUUUAUCAUUUUUCGAUGCCACGCCAAUUGGAAGAAUAGACAACUGUUUUUCUAAUGAUUUGGUGAUUAUUGACAAAGUUAGUAUUAGUAAUAAUGUUAUACAUUAAUAAACUAGAACCUAAGUUUUAUAAUAUAAUACAAUUCACGCAAGUCUAAAUUUAUACAUAGAAAAUUGGUACGUCCAUGCAACGUUUAGUACAUUUUGUUUUCUUGUGUUUGUGUGGAAUCAUCGUUAAUGCAAUCAUAACACCGUGGUUUUUAAUAAUUCUUGUACCUAUUUGUCUCGUGUAUUAUACGGUGCAAAAGUUUUAUAGGUGUUCUUCAAGGUAAAUAUUUCUAUGAAAUAAUUUUUAUAUUAUAAUACCAUAAAAUAUAAGUACCUAGUAUAUAAGUGUAUAUUCAUAAUUCAUAUAUUAUAUAAAAUAUUUUCUUCUUCUUAAUAAUUAGACCUCUCAUAGAUCAUCCCAUUUCACGCCCGGUCCUUUGUCCACUUUACCUGCUGUUUUUUUUUUCAAAUUCGAACUUAGUAAUUCUAUAUCCCUUUUAAUUAAAUCUUCUCAUCUUGCUUUGAGUUUUUCCAGUUUUCCAGUUAUUUCCAAUGAAAUAAAGUUUCUACUUAUGUAUUUUCUCUCCUUCUCCAAAUUCCAUAGAUAUUAUCUCAUACUGGCCUGAGAGUUUUCUACACAGUUUUCCUUUUCAAUACUAAAAACUUUUUCUUAUCUAACUUUCUUAGUGGCCUUGUUAGUUCCAAUAUAUAUAUCUGUAUGUAAUAUUUAUUAUUUUUAAUAAUUUAAUAUUUUUACUUUUUUUUUAAUUAAAUAAAAAUUAAUUAUUUUAGAGAUUUGCAAAAAUUAGAAGGAAAUUUAAGAUCACCAAUGAUUACUCAUUGUAAUGAAACUAUUUCUGGACUAGAUACUAUAAGAGCAUUUGGAAAACAAAAUUGGUUUAUGUCUGAGAUGAUAAACAGAAUUGAUAAUCACACAAAAGUAUUUCUGAUAAUUAGUUCAUCAAAUCGUUGGUUGGGUAUAGCGUUGGUGAGUUUUUCAUACUGGUAUCGAAGAAUUAGUUAAUUUAUACAUUUAUAUUAUUUUAAUUAUAUUAAACUGAUUGUGAUGGGAAUUUAAAGUUCAUGCCACCGGAGUAAUAAUCAGAUAUAAUUAAGAUUAAAAAUACCUAACUAAUAUUAGAUAGAUAUAUUGAUUUUCAGUAUCUAGAUACAGGAUACUAGAUACACAUACGAUAUUUACAUUGUAUGCAUUUAAAAAUACUCAAUACUCAAUACAUUAAAAUUUAAUUGUUAAUUUAAUUGUUCACGCAUACAAUUUAUUAGAAAAAUUAAAUUGGAAUCUGCAACAAAUUCCCUCAUUUGUAUACUCACAUUUUCAAUUGUAUUUUUCAAAAACACAUUCAAAUUGCCUUUCUCUUCGGGUGUCUAUAGUCGAGAUGUUUCAAAAUGAGUAAAUAUCUAAUUAUUCAAUAAAGAUGCAUGUAUAGUCACGAAAAGUAAUCUAAUCGUAAAAUUCCGGAAUUGUUUAUAGGCGGACUAUAUUAUCACGGACUGUAGAAAUCUGGAAAACAUAAACACAAAAAUUGUAUUAUUGCGGACCGUAUACUUCCGUAUUCCAAAUUUUAAGUGACAUUUACGUCAUCAAUUAGUGUGAUGUAUUACUACAAUAUUAUAAAAUAUAGCUUAAAUUUUCUAAAGAUUUUCAAACCUAACUAAACAAAUGUUACGAUCUGUAGCUGUAAAUGUAUUUACAUUUGAAACGGAGCAAGGCGAGGACAAUUUUUAGAAGGCUAUUACUUCUAUACAUUUUGAGAUCCCAGACUUCAGCCCCCCCUUCCAAAUCUCAAUUACUAUUUGUGCCGAAAUGAAUACUAAAUAAACACUCACAUUGUCUCAGUGACAGUACUAUUGACAGACACUAGUAUAAUAUCUAAAGAUUACUGUGGCCCGUCAAAAUAAUAUGAAUAUGAUUUAAGAUUCUGAGCGAAGCGAUUUUACAAUUGUGUACGUUUUUGUGUGUAUGUAUAAUUACUCGACUUAUAUUAGAAAAAAUGAUUUGAUUUACAACUUCAACAUUAUAGAUGUUAAAUUUGUCAUAAUACACAUAACCUAACCUUUUAAUUUAUGUUUUUGUUAGUUUUUUUCUUUCUCAAAAUGAGUGAAACAAUAAAAAGAAACUAAUUCGAUUUUUUUAAAAACAUAUUUACAAAUAGUAAUUUUAAAGUUAUUCAAAAUAUCAAAUAAUUGACAAACAAUUAUUUAUUUCCAUUUGAAAUUUUUAUAAAAUAUUAGGUGUUAUACAUGUAUAAUCAAUCAAAGCUUUAUGGGGGUCCGAUGUUACAAGAUAUAAGUGUAUCUAAAAUAUGUAUUUAAGAUACUACUAAACCCUAAAUGUGAUUUAUUUUUAAAAAUCGUACAUCGCAUUGAGUUGCCGAUUCUCGUUAUAGCAUAUUCUCCACAUAUUGAACAAAAUAACAUUUGAUAUUAAAAGCUAUUUCGGAUGUUAAAAAUUUAAUUCGAUAUGGUUACAAAAUCCUAGCAAAAAUAAAUUUUCUUAUUCUAUGUCUAUAGUUGACUAUAUUUUUAACAUAUUUGUUAUAGGAUUACUUAGGUGGAGCAAUAGUCUUUGUAGCAACUAUGGUAGCUUUAAUAACAACCACAUUUUUUUCUACUGCUAUUUCGUCAGCUAUGGUUGGAUUAGCUAUAAAUUAUACGUUAUUGGUUCCCGUGUACUUAAAUUGGGUAGUAAAGUUUUUUGCAGAUUUAGAAACGUAUAUGAGUGCCGUAGAGAGAACUGAAGAAUUUGCAACGAUUCCAAUUGAAAAUUACAGAAAUGAAAGUAAACUUUAUCUGGUACUUAUUUCUUAUACCUAUAUUUUAAAAUAAAUUGUUUACAUAGCUAUUAUAACAAGAGCUUGGCCGUCUAAGGGAUACAUAUUCUUGGAUAAAAUAUCGAUUAAAUAUAAUGAAAGUCAAGACCCAGUUAUCAGUGACGUUACUUUGCAUAUCCCUCCAGGACAAAAAGUAAAAUUAUAUUUGUUUUUUCAUUUAUUUCCUAUUAUAAACAUAUUUUAAAUUUAAGGUUGGAAUUUGUGGCCGUACGGGUAGUGGUAAAUCAUCUUUAGUGAUGAGUAUUUUAAACAUGGUUCCGAUUCGAGAUGGAACAAUCAUGAUCGAUGGAAUUGAUAUUAAUAAUGUACCUUUACAAAGCUUGAGGUCUCGGAUUUCUGUAAUACCACAGGAUGUAAAAAUGUUUGGCGGUACAAUAAGACAAAAUUUAGAUCUAAAAAACGAAUAUUCGGAUAAUGAGAUUUGGAGUAGCUUAAGAACGGCGCAAAUGGAAGAUACAGUAAAAUUACAAUUAGGUGGACUCGGUAAGCUGAUUAGAAUACUUAACACAAAUUUAGUUAAUGUUAAAUAUUGAAUUUACAAUAUUUCAUAGACAUACUAAAAACUGAGUGUAAUCAAAUACUUUCAAAAAUUUGUCAGUAGUUAUUACAAAUAUCAACUUUAAAUAAGAAUUAAUUAAUUAUAUAUAAUUCUUAAAUUUUAAAUAUUUAAAGACUAAACAAAGAAAUUAUUAUGAAUCACAAUAAUUGAAAAUAAUUGAAAUAAAGUAAUGGCUUUAUUUAGCUAUUAUAAUAAUAAAUACAAUAGGUAGGUCAAAUCAAUUUAUUGUACUAUUUACGAUAAUUGAAAGCAAGUUAUAAUUUAUAAUUUAUAAGUUAUAGAUUCUGAGCGCAGCAAGGAAUUUAUUGGUUUUACUACAAUGUUUUUUUUUUCAAAUCUGUAAACCACUAUACUUUUCUACUAAAUAUAUUGCCCUAAACAAAAUCUAAAACAAAAUUUUUUUGGUAGAACUUUGGAUCUUGUUAGUAUAUUUAGAAAUUAAUCUUUGGAUAUUUCUUGCAGUUUUUUAAUAAUUAAUAAAACCGAGAAAAACGGGAAAGUUUACGACAGUAACAAUUCCAUAAUUUUUGAUUUGAAAUUUUAAUUUUCACUUUUGAUUUUAUUAAAAAAAAUCGUAGAAACCUGAAAUUUGCACAAAAUACUUAAGUUUUUUUUUAUUUGUAUACAAAAUUAAAAACAUUUUAGCGAUUUCCAAACUAUUUAUAGGCAUUUGACAUCGUAUUUUUUAGUUUUUAUUUGGUUUUAUAGAAGUAUAAUUUUUAUAACCCAAAAUGUUUGAAAAUUUAACAUUAGGUUCAUAAUAAAUUGUAUUUUAUGGUAAAAAAAAGUUGAGCAUCAUGAGUAGUAUGUAGUAUUUGGUUUUAUUUAUACACUUUGAUAAGUUCAAAUUUUAUCAAAAAUCGUAAAUAAUCACAUACCUAUCAGCAGCAUCAGUUUUUUAAAAAUAUAUUCAAAUUAACAUAUUCCAUAAAUUAUUUUAGUAACUAAAUUUCCGUUAAGUGUUAACAGUAGGUUUAUUGUUAUAAUACUAUUAUCACUUUGAAAAAACACGGUAGUUUUGGUUCAUGAUGCAUGGCUGCAAUAAAUAAUUAUAGUGCGAACAAUAUUAUUGUUUUAUCAUCUAAUACUGCUGAUGGAUAUACGGUAUACUACUAUAUAAAAGAGUAAUUUAAUUUCUAUCGAAUUCCAAACGAAAAACGUUUUUGAAAAGUGAAGUUUAUUAUUAUAAGUCGUAUUAGAUAAGAUAUCCUAGAAAUCAACAAAAAUUAUGCCAACAAUUUACAGUUUUCAAAUAUAUUAUAAAACUAUUAAAAAAAAACCAAAACAUGUUUUCCUUAUUGCACCAAAAAGAGUAAAAAAAAAUACUACUAGACAGUUCAUAUAAAGUUUUUAAUUAAACUAAGAUUUUUGAUAGAAAAUUGUUUACAAACACAAAUAAAAACAAACAGCAUAGUAAAACCAAUACAUUUUUAGUUUCACACGGAAUCAAAAAUGAAUAAUAAAUAUGAAUAUUGAAUAAUGAAUGUAAUUGUAAAUUGUUUGAAAAUCAACAAUUGGUAACCAUGAUGGAUAUUGGUGAGGUCAGAUGAAUAUAACAGGAAUAUAAUAAAGUGUUUUUUUGUACGAAACAAAUGUAAACUUAUUAAUUUUUCAAAUAGGAUCACAAAAAAAGAAAAUAUGUAGUAAAUCAUUUCAAGUAGUUACCUAUUAAACAUAAAACAUUUGUGAAUUAUUUAAUGUAUAAAAUAAAAUACCUAAAUUUGUCCUUAACAGAAGGCAUUGUAAACAAUUCGGGUGAUAAAUUGAGUAGUGGACAAAAGCAACUUUUAUGUUUAGCAAGAGCCAUUCUUCAAGAUAAUGUUUGUCUUAUUAUGGAUGAACCGACAAGUUCUGUAGACGAUGAAACGGAAAAAAAAUUGUUAGAAGCGAUAAAAACAUCAUUUAAUGGCCGCACAGUUAUUACAAUUGCAGUAAUUAUCAUUUAUUUAAUAUUUUUUUUUUCUGGAAAAAAUAGUAAUCAAUUUUAUUAUUUCAUAUACUAGCAUAGAUUAUCCACUAUUUUAGACUACGAUCGAGUACUUAUUCUUGAUGGAGGUAAGAUUAUCGAAGAUACCACACCGUCACGUAUCAAAACUUUUCCAGAAUGUCCAUAAAAAAUAAAUAUUUUUAUGGUGUUAAAACUUAAAAAUGUGUUAUUUAAUUAAAACAGCUA